AUGCAUGGCAUUCACGUCGCAUAUGCCGUCCCCGCCCAUGACUACGGCGGGUACGCGUGCGACCAGUGCAAGUCGCUUGUCUCCAUCAAGCUGCCGGCCACGCCGAUCACCUUUGAAGGUGAGGCCCACUUUGCCCAAGCAGGAACCAGCACCGAGAGCAGCGCGCUCGACGUCGAGUGGGGAGGCCUGACCAGCAUCGGCUAUUCUACGUUCAGCCGGAGCGGCCUCCGGACGGUCGACCUGUCUGGCGCUGCCGUCCAGACGAUCGAGGCGUACGCGUUCUACGGCUGCGUCCAGCUCGAGCAAGUCGACCUGUCCGGCAGCAACGUCAACACCGUCGGGAACGGCGCCUUUGAGUCUUGCUCGUCGCUCGCCUCCAUCAAGCUGCCUGCCACGGACGCCAACUUCGGCCAGGCUGCAUUCGGCCGGAGCGGCACCGAGAGCAGCACGCUCGUCGUCGACUGGGGCGGCGUCACCGUCUUCGGCUACGCCAUGUUCUCAGGGAGCGGCAUGCGGGAGCUCGACCUGUCCGGCACGGCCAUACACACGAUCAAGGGGUACGCGUGCGACCAGUGCAAGUCGCUUGUCUCCAUCAAGCUGCCGGCCACGCCGAUCACCUUUGAAGGUGAGGCCCACUUUGCCCAAGCAGGAACCAGCACCGAGAGCAGCGCGCUCGACGUCGAGUGGGGAGGCCUGACCAGCAUCGGCUAUUCCACGUUCAGCCGGAGCGGCCUCCGGACGGUCGACCUGUCUGGCGCUGCCGUCCAGACGAUCGAGGCGUACGCGUUCUACGGCUGCGUCCAGCUCGAGCAAGUCGACCUGUCCGGCAGCAACGUCAACACCGUCGGGAACGGCGCCUUUGAGUCUUGCUCGUCGCUCGCCUCCAUCAAGCUGCCUGCCACGGACGUCACCUUUGGUACACAUGCUUUCUCAGGGAGCGGCACCGAGAGCAGCACGCUCAUCGUCGACUGGGGCGGCGUCACCGUCUUCGGCUACGCCAUGUUCUCAGGGAGCGGCAUGCGGGAGCUCGACCUGUCUGGCACCGCCGUCCGUACGAUCGGGGCCUACGCGUGCAACAGCUGCACAUCCUUGACGUCGCUCACCCUCCCCCAAGGCAUGGGGCUCAUCGAAAGUUGGGCCUUUGCCUCCUGCACCUUGCUCUCCUGGACCUACGUCCCACCAACGUGCAUCAUCGAGCCCCAUGCUUUCGAGGGCACGCAGGGCUACGGAGCAAACUACCCGCCCUCUCCACCAUCGCCUCCUCUUUCGCUAAGGAAGCCGCGAACGUCGGCGGGCUCUGCUUUCGCUUGGAAGUUCUUGGCCAAGGUGACCGACGGCAAAAGCAAGACAUUUGGCAAGAGCAAGAAGCAGACCAGCCCGUGGUUCUCCGCCAAGGCACCCCAACGUUUCUUGCCCUGCCACCUUCUCGUGGUCACGACGGAGAAUCAGCAGCCCAUCAGCUCCGUGACCGUCACCCGGGACACCAAGAACAAGCCUUCCAAGGCGAAGAAGUAUCUCAACGGCUUCGAGAUCUGGGUCGGCAAGAAGGCUGGAGAAAAGGCGGUGAAGUGCGGCGGACCAUUUGCCUGGUCAAAAAUCAAGAAGGGGCCCGUCACGGCGCCGUGCGACGCUGCCAAGUCCAAGCGCGCCUGCCUCCCCUCCAACCGCCACGCCUCAAUCCCCACUAGUUCCCGUGACGAUGCAUGA